CCUGUGGUCCUUCCCGGAAGUUGACUAAAUAUAAAGUGGGCUUCAAGGAUUCUAAAAGUGUUGAGUGACACAUUUGACAUGGCACCAUCACAGACAUUCUUAAGAAUUCCUCUUAUUUUGUUACUGAUCUUUCCUGUAGUCAGUGAUGCAACUAACUCAACUUCUUCCAAAAAUACCACAAAAAGCGCCAGUGAAAGUCAAACAAACGAUGCCGCAAAAUGUUUGAAAAGUUUGAACGAUGUCAAACGUGAAUUGACGUCCACAGUUCCUCCACUGCAUGGAUGGACAACAGACAACUAUAAUAAUAUCUCAAGGGCUUUAUUCCCUGGAGUUAAGCUGCCAUCGCUUUACAUCAAAGUCACGCUACAAUUCAUUGUCAACGAUACAGGCCCGGGUACAGGAAAACUCAGCGACGAAGUCCUAAAGUUCACUUGGAGUCAAAGUUGUAUAUUUGUAUCUAACGUCUGUCUGAAUGCAAAGACCGUGUUCUCUUUGGGAACGGUAUAUCCACAAAGAAGAGAGACUGAGUUGGUGUUGUCCUCUCACAAAUUAUGCGAAGAUAACAGUGAAACGUACUGGAUAUACGCACUUUUGGGGUUACAAGACAUUGCCAUCAUUCCCAAUGUUUCUGAUCCUCGAGUAAAUACAGCACAAUGUGUUGUGCCAGGUCAUGAAGGAGAUAAAGAGCAACCACUUAAUGUAACCAAUUGUAAUCCUGAUGAGUGGUACAACUAUAGACUAUACUGGAUACUUUCAGCAUCUGUUUUCCUUGCUAUUUCUAUUUGUUGGUAUACAUUCAAUUGGAUUCGUAGAAAACCUAAAAAAGAUGGAAAAUCUGAAGCGCAAAUAAAAAAUGAGGAGAAAAGAAAGGGAGUAUUGACCAAGACUUUUUUUUUAUCAGUUGGAUGGAUUUUCAUUUUAUCUGUUAUCUUAAUUGUAUUUGAAAUCAUAAAUUUCGUAAAUUGUUAUCAGCUUAAAUCCAGUACUUGUAUCAUUAUACUUCAUUUUGUUUUUAUAAUUUUAUUUUGGGUAGGCAAUAUUAUAAUAAUUAUUUUUUAUUGUUGCAAAUGUUGUAAAUGUUGUAAAUGUAGGUGCAAAUGUAGUAACAAGGAUUGCCUACUGUGUAAGAGUGCCAGAGGUAUCUUGUUUGUGGGCAAGUGGUUUAUGUUUCCCUGUAUUUACCAGAUUGUUUACCAUUUAUUGUGGGUGUUGUGUGCAGGUAUCCCAGCUGAUCCUUCUUGGGCUAUUCCAUUGUUUUUGUGUGAAUGCUUAGUGAUUUUUUCACUUGUUUGUGCAACAUAUUUUUUUCUUGAAGCUGAUGGUAAUGAUACAUGUAUGGUCAUACUUCAGCUAUUCGUUAGUUUUAUUGCAAUAUGCCUGGCUGUUUUCACAGUGUUAAUAUCAUUUUUUGGCCGUAAUGUUGCUGACAUACCAACAAACAAUAUCUUUGAAAUUAUAAUGGCCGCUGUGUUACUAUGGGCAAUUAAGAAUUCUGGUCUUGCACCUGAUAACAAUGAUAAUGGUCAGGGAAGAAGGCAAGGAAAUGGACAAGGGACAGAAAUAGAAAUGCAGACUGAGCAAGACAGGCAACAAGAACCAUUGGUUACCAUUGGUUAAGCAAAAGGCAAAGUUUAGACCUUGCACAUGUUGUUGACAUGCAGUAUGUGCUGCACAAGUCUUAUAGGCAGUUGUGCCGCCCAUAUUCUAGUCUUGAAUGAACUAUGUGGCAGGUAUUGAUAGUGUCAUGCAGCCUUGCCUGAUUUACACCUAGUAGUAAUGCAAAAGAAAACACGUCAAGUGCAAGACUAUUAAUUGUUGCUUAAAGCAUGGGAUCAUUGCAUCAUAUGCACAUUUCAUUCUUGUUUACAAACGAGGCCGUAAAAUAAUUCAGUAAUAUUAAUAUUAGGAUAUAAUUAACAAUUAGACCUCGAGGUCGAGUAGAAUACGAGCUAAUAGCCCACGAGGCCGAGAGGUCUAAUUGUUUUAGUAUAAACAU